UUUUCAUCUUCGGCCAGCCGGGUAACGCCAAGUUACAGGAGUGUCUUGGAAUUCGAGUCGGAGCAGUAUGGCGACAUAGUGCAAGAAAGCUUUCGGGACAGCUACAAGAAUCUGACCUUCAAGACUGUGGCGAUGCUUCGCUGGGCUAACAUUCACUGUCCCCAAGCUCGCUUUGUUGUCAAGAUUGACGAUGAUUCCUUGCCGAACCUGGCGAACUUAUACAGAGCGAUGCACGGGCAGCUGGAAGAUGCCAUCUACGGGGAGCUCAAACGCGGUUAUGCUCCAGAGCGCAGCCCGACUCACAAGUGGCACAUCCCUUACGAGGAGUACCCUAGAAGCGUUGUCCCGGAUUUUAUCAUGGGAGGCAUGUACGUCAUCGGUGGUCGCGUGGUGGAUCUAUUGUACCGAGUCACCGGUCAAGUCAAGCCCUUUCGAAUGGAAGACAUGUUCUUAACGGGAAUGUGCGCAGAAAGGGCGAAGGUUACCAGGAAGCAUUUAGUUGGCACUUAUAUAGAGAAGUUGUCGUCUCCGUGUGACUACAAGAAGUCCAUUUACGGCCACCACGUGUCUGCCACUGAAAUGAAGGACGCGUGGUAUGCCAUGAAGAGCGUCGAGUACAAAUGCAUUCGCCUGUUUUUCAGUGUUCACUUCUGCCGCUGCAUCUCCAAGUACAACAUGCCAGCACUGGAAGUUGAGACCCCUGUCUUCUAGUGCACGUCAAAUAUCUUGUUAGAGUGUAUACGUCACUAUUUACAAAGUCUGCUCUCUAAGAUCUGCUGAUCAGGAGGAACACUGUAACACAAAGAGGUGUUAGCACUAAUAUAUAUUACAAAAUAGCCUGAAUGAAUUACAGUUAUAUGCAGCAUGUGUACAAAAAUGUAAACCAGCCGUAAUAGCUUAACGGGCUACAGCAUUUCAUGGCUACGCACGCGGGCACGGAUAGCUGAAAUGCGAAUGCGGUCAAGUAAGAUUAUGGCGCCCGGUAAAGAUUCCCAUUUGGCAAAAAGCAUUCCAGUAUACCUCACUACGCCAUGCCAAGCGUAACGCUAGUAUGUUAUAUGUAACGAUGACCUAAAAGGUGUUCUUUAGCUUAUGAAAUCAGAAUAACCUUGUUUAUCUAAUGUGACUUAGCACCAUGAAGAAGAGCAAUGAAAAAAAUUGGGCCUUAUUUUUGUAACCAAUGUAAUAAACGACUAACAAACGAGUGUAACAAGUUAAACUGGUGUGCUUCUUGAAGCCAAGAGACAAUGAAGCCAAUGAUUUUCUGGCUUCAUUGACUGUUGGCUUCAUUGAAUUAUAUCUAACAAAUA